CUUCCAUUUCCUUCCUUCACUUUCUCCUCCGUUGUCUGGAUUCCCUUUCUCUCGCGAAAUUCAGCUUCCGCGCUCUUUUGCUUCGUAGCUGUCCAGCUAGCUGCGGCGGCGCUGCUCUCUCUCUCUCUCUCACUCUCACUCCGAUCAUCGUUCUCUGAUCUCCUCCGCUCUCGAUCAGCCAAUCGCGGGAACCGUCGGAUUUGUAAGGCAAAGAGCAAGGAGGCGGCAGCCGGCAGUAUAGGAAUUCCAAUCCAUAUAAAACAACAAAAAAACAAGCCACUUGACAAAGUAAAAUGUCCAUUUCAGGUAUGUGGUGGAACGAACUAAAUAUUCUCCAAUAAUGGUGGAAACAGUGGGUGAUUUCGUCGUUGCUGUAGUAGCUGACCUGUUCUUUUUUAUGUAAUGUGUUGCUGGGAAAUGUAGGUACGUUGAAGAGGAACAUCUCCAGGAUUAACCAAGCAAUGGGGCUUCAGCAGCGAUCGUCUUCUAACAACAAACCACCGAAACCGGGGCAGCAUGGCAACAACAACAGCAGCAGCGAUCCGCACCCUGUAAAUACGAAAACCGCACCGAUUUCUGACCAUGUUAGGGUCAAGAGUACUGAAGAUGUACAAUAUAAGUCAUGGGUGGUAAGUGUUGCUUUUUUCUUCUUCCUUUUUUGUUCACUUUGCCUUGUCCUAAACUGAACUGCAAGUCGAGAAGUUGAAUAUGCUGAUCGCGAACGAACUUCCAGGGGGAGCACCCGUCAGCAUUGCACUCGUUUGAUCAGAUGAUGAAGGUGGCAAAAGGGAAGAAGAUCGUCGUGUUUUUAGAUUACGACGGAACUCUCUCCCCUAUUGUAGAUGACCCUAACUCCGCCUUCAUGUCCGACGAGGUAAGUGGAAUAAAAUGGCUCAGCAUAUUAUCUGCUGGAAUAAGUAAACUUCUGCAUGUAAGCACAUCCAAAUCAAUUCUAAAUCUUUUUGUUUCUAAUCUAGAUGCGUGCAGCUGUACGUGAGGUUGCUAAAUGCUUUCCAACUGCUAUAAUCAGUGGUAGGAGUAGGGAAAAGGUAGUAAAAUUGUCUGACCCUUUCUUUUUACUUCAUGAAUUGAAGUCCUGAAGAUAUACUGCUAUUCACUUUGCUCCUUUUGAAGGUCAAGGAGUUUGUACAGUUGAGUAAUGUAUAUUAUGCUGGGAGCCAUGGGAUGGAUAUCAUGGCACCUCCAAGGCCAGUUAAGUCUUGCGAAGGCAAUACCCCAACUGUGGUAAUGGACAAGAAGGGAACUGAAGUGCUCUUUCAACCUGCAAAGAGUUUUUUGCCUGCAAUUCAGAAGAUAUUGACUGAACUAGAGGAGGAAACAGCAAAGAUAAAAGGGGCCAUGGUGGAGGAUAAUCGGUUUUGUGUCUCUGUACAUUUUCGGCACGUCAAGGAUGAGGAUUAUCAGAUCCUGGAGGAGAAAGUCAGGUCCGUGCUGGAGAAUUAUGCAGGGUUUCACCUGUGCUGGGGUAAAAAGGUUAUGGAGAUACGACCGACGAUAGAGUGGGACAAAGGCCAUGCUGUGGAGUAUUUCCUAGAGACUUUAGGGCUAAGUAACUCCGAUGUACUUCCAGUCUACAUCGGCGAGGACCGGACAGAUGAAGAUGCUUUCAAGGUAAUACAACGAAGAGGACAAGGAUACCCUAUCAUCGUAACUUCCAUCCCUAAGGACACGAAAGCAUCCUACUCCCUAAUCGACCCAUCCGAAGUUCUGACUUUCCUGCUACGCCUAGCGAGGUGGAGGAAAUCCUCGAGUUCAAGUAGAUCGCUCAACCAAAUCUGGGGUGUAGUCAACUGACACCAAGCAAUAUAGGCAACAAACAGUCAUAGUGGAGAUAAAGCUCAUACAUAGAAAGCAGUAGAUAAGCAAUCAAUCCGAGUUCGGGAACUAAAAGUAACUAGAGAAGUUCCAGCUUGUAGUUUUAGCAAGAAGUCACAGCUGGAACACAGUUUUCAAUUCCAGUCCUUCAAAUCUCGCCCAGUGUUUUUUUUGGCUGGUGGCUGGGUUUGAAUUUGACUGUGGAAGACUCUGAACUCUGUUUUCCUUUUCCUCUAAUUUCCGUUUUUUAAUGAAUCAAGAACUUUGUGGACUUUGAGAAAAACCCUUGUUUUCAACCUUGGUUGUAAAGUUCCAUGUUAUCAAAUCGUUUUCUCAUGAUAAGCAAGCUGUUUUGGUUUCCUUUACGAUUCAAUGCAAUGCUAUACUACUCUUCUCAUAUAUAGAACAGAUGGAAAUUCAAAGCAAGCAACAUCAAUGGAUCAAAUUCAGUUUGCAGGGAGAAUCGGAUUACCUUUUCAGUUCCUUGUUAUUCCACAACUCCUCCAUCCCAAGUUCCCGAAUACUCACAAUUCUUCAACAGAAAAAUGAACUGCUAGAGCUUGCAGUUCCGAUCUGCAUGCUGGUAACAGCGGAAAAACCAUCCUCACUUGGCGUUUGGCCGCUGGGAAAAUGCAACAAUCGGUCGGAUCAAGAGGAUUUCCAUCUCUUCCGAUCAACUGAAGUCCAGCUUCGCCGGCGAACGGGAGCAGCAGCCAGUAGGAAAAGCUUGAGAGGGAUGAGCUAGCGGUUUACAUUAAGGA